UCAGGGCAAUAUAGAGUUUUAUGGCAGUGUAGGCGCCAUGUUAGAGCUUCAGCGGGUGGCAGAGACUGACAGAGUCAUUAUAGAGUCACAAGUGAGAGGAAAUAGAGCGAGAGUGGCAGAGUUUAUAAGUUUUGUGGAGAGUUUGUUGGUGUGGUGAGCGCGAGGCCACCAUCACAGUGAAGCUCUGCUAUACACCGGGAGUUUUUCUCUUAUUUUGCGCCUCUGGCUGCAGAAAUGGACACAUUGGGGUGACGGGUGCCGCCGCCGCCGCUGCCGCUGCCGUGCGUAGCGCACCAUGAACCACACGAUGCAUCUUUGAUAAUAUUUAUUGAUUACUUUUAAUAAUUAUGGAUAACCUGUCUGGUCUGUUUGUUGAUGGAGAUCUGAGUGACCUAGACCUCAGCGGAGAACCCUUUGGCGGCCCCUCAGGCCCCGCACCAGUCUCCGUCUCGGAGAUUGACCUCAACACCUUCUCUCAACCGUCGUAUACAAGCAUCGGCGGCGGGGCUGGGGGGCCGCCAACACAGGGGUCCACACCAAAGAUAAGCAUGGGUGGAGCACCGUCGCCCUCCACGCAGACCAUGUACCCGGGCCCCGGGCCCACUGCAGGGUACCAGUACUCGGGAGGUACGAGCCAGCAGGCCCCAAUGGGCCCCUACCAGGGCAACCAAUACUCCUCGGCAUACCCUUCCCCUGGCCAGGACAUGUUUGCUACCCAGAGGACCGUACAACCCAACCAGGGCGUGCCCAGCUGGAACAAUCAACCUGACCCUUACAACCAGCACUAUCAGCAACACACUAACUACUCACAAGCAGGCAUGCCUGGGUACCAGACUCAGGGUAUGAACAACAACAGUAUUGGUGGGUCUAUGCAACAAAACAUUCCACAGAAUUACCAAGGCAUGGCACCCCAGAGUAUGGGGCAGGGGUAUCCUGCCGUUUCUCAGGGCAUAGCUUUCCCCAACGCGCCACGACCCUCGUACCCUGGGUAUGAUGCCCAGAGACCCAUGGCUUCCAACUCUCCCAACAUGAACCCCUAUCCUGCUGCCCCAGCCUCUGGCCAGUCUCAGCAGUAUGCCAUGAGACAGUCUUAUCAGACUGGGCCGUACACUCAGGGUCAAGUUCCUAUUGCGGGGCAGCAGCCACCGCCGCCGCACCCUGGCCAGCCCAUGGUGUCUACUCCGCGACCUCAGACUGACAUGAACCAAUACCCUGGCUCUCAGGUACCCAAUGGCACACCGGCUUACAGAACGCCGUUUUCUCAGGCUUCUCCACAAAUGUCUCCGCAUCCACAACAGUCUCCACGGCCUCAGAUGUCUCCCAUGCCCCGUAGCAUGUCUCCGCAUCCUCGUCCAAACUCCAACUUGGGCAUGACUACUCCCGUGUCGUCGCCCGCCUCGAUGCCCCCGACCUCGAGUGUAUCACCAGUCCCUACCCUAGGCAGCGGUGGGCCGGGGUCAAGCUUGCAGCAGUUGGAGAACAUGGUAAAGCCUUCGGUGGUUGCCGGUCGAAACACACCCACCAACCAGCGGUGUACCACACCUACCCAGCCCAUGCACUCACCAGGGCACUACGCCAGCUCCACCGGUGUGCCCAGUCCAAUGGCAAGCAGAGCUCCCAUGUCUCCGGGCAUGGGAAGCAGACCGUCAAUGGGCACUCCAAUGAGUCCAGGUCUAGGACCAGGGUCUACCAGACCCCCCAUGUCUCCAGGACUUGGUCCUGGCACUAUCAGACCUCCCAUGUCUCCUGGCCUGGGUGCCUGCUCUGUACGGCCUCCCAUGUCUCCUGGCCUGGGUGUUGCCCGCCCUCCAAUAUCUCCACAGCAGUGGUCGCAGGCGCGACCCAUCACUCAACAAAGCUACGGGCAACCAGGCAGCUAUAUGCAAGGCAAUUUGACAGGACAAAGACCAUCUCAUGGCAUAAAUCAACAAGUGUCACCAGUGUCGUCGCAUGGACAAGAGUGUGUGUUGCCCGACAGUAUUUGUAAUGUUAGUGAAGGUAGUGUAAUGCCUAGUACAAGUGUGUGUGUGUCCCAAAGUAACGGAGGACUGACGGCGACUCAAGGUGAUGUAGUGAAUAGUGUGGCGUCAAUGAGUGGCGGCAGUGAGUCAGUGAGUGAGUGUGUUCAGGUGCAGGCAUCCUCUGCCUCUUCCACCACAGUGACCACCUCCACGGCAAAUGGGCCCAUGCAGACAAUUUUGGUAGCACAUAAACAGCCGUCGGCGCCCACCAAUGUGCCUACAACUUCCAGUGCCCCGGGAAGUGUGCCAACAAGUGCCGUGUCUCAGAAUACCAUGAUGCCAAACACAGUGACGAGCAAUGGCAUCUCCACGAGGACGCCAAACAGUGUAUCUAGUGUAAAUGGGCCGGUGGGGGGGAUGACGCCUCGUGGCACCCAGGUGUUGAUGAGGUACUCUGGUCCACAUGGACCUCGUGGUCCAUACCUCCAGCAGGGCAUGGGGCAGCCAGGGUAUAGGAUGGUAGGAUCAGGCACCUACACCCCUCAGGGACAGGUGGCACAGGGACAGAUGGUACAUGGAUCUGGCCAGCUGACUCAGAGUGUGUCGGUCCAAGUGUCGUCCGGUCCAGGAGCAUUGGGUCCUGGGCAAGUUGUGUCCGGUAGUCCUACCCAGAUGCAUACGGCCAGUCCUACCCACUUGCAGCAGGGCACCGUGCCCACGCCCAUGCAUACGGCAAGUCCCACUCAACUGCAGCUGGGCGGGCCCACUCAGAUACAGAUGGGGGGCCCCCCUCAGAUGCAGUCGAGUGGGGCCAGUCGCAUGCAAAUGGGUGCCCCCACUCAGAUUCAGUCUGGCGUUACUGUUCAGAUGCAUUCUGGGAGCAGCACUCAGAUGCAUUCAGGUGGUCCCACUCAGAUGCAGCAGACUGGUUCCAUUCAGAUGCAUUCAGGCAGUCCCAUUCAGAUGCAGCCUGGUGGUCCCACUCAGAUGCAGCAUGGCGGUCCCACUCAGAUGCAGCCUGGUGGUCCCACUCAGAUGCAGCCUGGUGGUCCCACUCAGAUGCAGCCUGGUGGUCCCACUCAGAUGCAGCCUGGUGGUCCCACUCAGAUGCAGCCUGGCGUUCCCACUCAGAUGCAGCCUGGCGGUCCCACUCAGAUGCAGCCUGGCGGUCCCACUCAGAUGCAGCCUGGUGGUCCCACUCAGAUGCAGCCUGGCGGCCCUACUCAGAUGCAGCCUGGUGGCCCCACUCAGAUGCAGCCUGGCGGUUCCACUCAGAUGCAGCCUGGCGGUCCCACGCAGAUGCAGUCUGGCGGCCCCACUCAGAUGCGUACAUCUGGUCCUGCUCAGAUGCAGCAGAGUGGUCCCACUCAGGUGCAUACUGCUGGUCCCACUCAGAUGCAUACUGCUGGUCCCACUCAGAUGCAUACUGCUGGUCCCACUCAGAUGCAUACUGCUAGUCCCACUCAGAUGCAUACUGCUAGUCCCACUCAGAUGCAUACUGCUGGUCCCACUCAGAUGCAGCAGAGUGGUCCAAACCAAAUGCAUUUGACUGGUCCUGUUCAAAUGCAGCAGAGUGGUCCUACUCAGAUGCAGUCUGGGGGUCCCACUCAGAUACAUUCGGCUGGUCCUCAAAUGCAACAGAGUUGUCCCACUCAAAUGCAUUCAGCUGGUUCUGCACAGAUGCAACAGAGUGGUCCGACUCAGAUGCAGUCUGGUGUUCCCAGCCAAAUGCCUCACAGUGGACCGGUCCAUAUGUCGCAUGUUGGCUCUGUCCAGCUGCCACAUGGUGGGUCUGGCCAAAUGUCUCACAUCCCUGGUCAAAUGCAACAGACUGGACAGUUGACACCACGAACACCUGGCCAGAUAGCUUCCAGACCAUCUGGUACCCCAGGACCUGGCCAGAUAACUUCCAGACCAACUGGUCCCCCAGGACCUGGCAAACAGAUGCCUAUUGGUCCUGGAGGGCAGAUACCCACCCGUGCCCUGGGUCCCAGACCGACGGGGGCACCUGGGCAAACACCUGCCGUGCCACCCAGUCAGAGGGGCAGCACUGGCGGGCAGAUGGGACCCAGGAUGCAGACUCAAGCUGUCAUGGGUUCUGGCAUAACGGCGAGUCCGAUGAGUGCUGCCCCUGGCAUGACCCCACAGACACCCCGCACUAUGCAACCUCAGGUCAACCUUACCUAUGAGAUUCAGCAAAGUCAGCAACAACUGCAACAACUCUACAAGAUGUCACAGAACGUCCAAACACAACAGAAGAUUCAAGAGAUGCAACAGAGGAUAAGCCACCUGCAACAACAGCAGCAGCAACAGCAGCAGCAGCAGAAGACAACAACAGAGGUACAGCAGACACAGACACAGUACAUGCAUCAGGCACGUCAAGGAAUGAUCAAUACUUCAUCUCAGCCGCCGCCUCCACGGUCAGAGGACGCCGUCACCAACAAGAGCAACAAGAGCAAGAAGCCGCCCACCAAGAGCAAGCCGCCCAAGCCACCCAAGCCGCCGAAGGAACCUAAGUCUAAGAAAGAACCCAAGUCCAAGAAAGAAGUGAAGAUCAAGGAGCCUAAAGAACUGAAACCUAGACGUUCCAGGUACCUGAUUACCUUUUCCAGAUAUCUGAUUACCUUUUCCAGAUAUCUGAUUACCUUUUCCAGGUACCUGAUUACCUUUUCUAGGCCUGCUCUGUUCAAGGCUUGUCUGAUCAAGCAGGCUGUUACUGGCCAGCACGGUGCCCUGUUUUUUUCAAUGGAUUUAUUUUAUAUUUUCCUGCAUAUUUUUGUGAUCUCUGAUGUUGUUCCAGUUGUGAUCUCUGAUGUUGUUCCAGUUGUGAUCUCUGAUGUUGUUCCAGUUGUGAUCUCUGAUGUUGUUCCAGUUGUGAUCUCUGAUGUUGUUCCAUUUGUGAUCUCUGAUAUUGUUCCAGUUGUGAUCUCUGAUAUUGUUCCAGUUGUGAUCUCUGAUGUUGUUCCAGUUGUGAUCUCUGAUGUUGUUCCAGUUGUGAUCUCUGAUAUUGUUCCAGUUGUGAUCUCUGAUAUUGUUCCAGUUGUGAUCUCUGAUAUUGUUCCAGUUGUGAUCUCUGAUGUUCCAGUUGUGAUCUCUGAUGUCGUUCCAGUUGUGAUCUCUGAUGUCAUUCCAGUUGUGAUCUCUGAUGUUGUGAUCUCUGAUGUUGUUCCAGUUGUGAUCUCUGAUGUUGUUCCAGUUGUGAUCUCUGAUAUUGUUCCAGUUGUGAUCUCUGAUAUUGUUCCAGUUGUGAUCUCUGAUAUUGUUCCAGUUGUGAUCUCUGAUGUUCCAGUUGUGAUCUCUGAUGUCGUUCCAGUUGUGAUCUCUGAUGUCGUUCCAGUUGUGAUCUCUGAUGUCGUUCCAGUUGUGAUCUCUGAUGUUGUUCCAGUUGUGAUCUCUGAUGGCAUGAAUGAGGCUGUCAUCACUGAACAGUUGCGAACGUGUGUUCCGACAGCUUGGCACAUUGGAUCACAAGCUGUCGAACUAGUGGCCGAACGUCGUCUGAACUUCUGUCAACAGCAGUCAGUGCUUAAUGGUGUUCAUCUCUGCAGGUUGUCGCUAAACUUCAAGCGUAAAAGGAAGCGUCGUGGGUCCGAGUCGGACUUCUCCGACCUCGAGGGAAGUGGCAUUGUGUGCGGUGGUGGUGUUCACAAGGAAGAAGAUGAAGUUAACAAGAGAAGAUCAGGACGAAACACGCUACGCAAGAAGUAUGUUGAUGAACUUGACUUAAACCUUUCUGAUGAUGACAACUUUGUCAUCAAGAACAAUGGCAAGAAUAACAGUGGCGGCGGCGACCCCCAGAGUGCUGCCGACCUCGCUGCCGCUUACACCGGCAACACCGCCACAACAACCACAACAACCAUCUCCGAUGAAGUAGAAGGCAACCUGGUGAAACCUAACUUUGUUUAUGUGGAUGCUAACAGUGAAGACACUAUGGUGGUACAGAGCAUCCUGGGUAUGAGGACCGGUCAGAGAGAGGUAGAGACGGACACAGACGAUGAUCUCCAGCAGACAGAACAAGCCGGUAAAGAAGAUAAGAAGAAGAAUAAAGGAGGGAUGAAGAAGAUAGACGUCGAAGAAUUCUUUGUAAAGUAUCGGUCGUUCUCAUACCUGCACUGUGAGUGGAGGACUGAAGAUGAACUCUUUAAGGGAGACAAGAGAAUCAACGGCAAGAUCAAGCGUUACAAAGUUAAGAGAGCGACCAGCCAUAACCUCAUGGACUUCUUGGAGGAAGAAUUAUUUAACCCGGACUAUACCGAGGUGGACCGCAUUCUAGACAUGACGGAAACCACCGACCCCACCAGUGGAAAGUUGAUCAAACACUACUUGGUCAAGUGGAAGGCACUCUCCUAUGAGGACUCUACCUGGGAGAUGGAGGAUGAUGUUGAUACUCUCAAGAUUGAGGCGUACCUGGCAUACAAAGACCCACCACACAAGUCAGAGUGGAAGCCCAAGAAGCGCCCUAAACCCAGUGAGUGGAAAAAGCUGGAGGUGACACCCGAGUACAAGAACAACAAUACUCUGAGAGAGUACCAAUUGGAGGGCCUCAACUGGCUCAGCUUCUCUUAUUAUAACUCGCGCAACUGUAUCCUGGCGGACGAGAUGGGACUCGGGAAGACUAUCCAGUCACUGACUUUUGUGGAUGCUUGUUAUAAAUAUGGCAUCCGUGGACCCUACCUGAUCAUCGCACCACUCUCCACCAUCCCUAACUGGCAGCGAGAAUUUGAGAGCUGGACAGACCUUAAUAUUAUAGUUUACCAUGGAUCGCAAGGGAGUCGCAACAUGAUCUUGGAGUAUGAGAUGUACUACAAGGAUGACAAGGGUAACCGCAUUCCUAAUGUGUACAAGUUCAACGUACUCAUCACUACCUUCGAGGUGAUCAUCUCUGACUGCCUGGAACUCAAGGAGAUCCACUGGAGAUGUUGCAUCAUUGAUGAGGCUCACAGGCUCAAGAACAGGAACUGCAAGUUGCUGGAAGGUUUGAGAUUGAUGUUCCUGGAGCACAGAGUGUUGCUUUCCGGCACUCCCCUGCAAAACAACGUCACCGAGCUCUUCUCUUUGCUCAACUUCCUGGAACCAACACAGUUCUCCUCGCAGGAAUCCUUCCUGCAAGAGUUUGGCAACUUGCAGACAGAAGAUCAAGUGAACAAGUUGCAGGCGUUGCUCAAGCCAAUGAUGCUUCGCAGGAUGAAGGAGGACGUGGAGAAGUCUCUGGCACCCAAGGAGGAGACCAUUAUUGAGGUUGAGUUGACAAACAUUCAGAAGAAAUACUACCGAGCGAUCCUGGAGCGUAACUUUGACUUCCUGGUGAAGGGAGCAACGUAUGCCAAUGUUCCGAGCUUAAUGAACACCAUGAUGGAACUACGCAAGUGUUGUCUCCAUCCCUAUCUUCUUAAUGGAGCGGAGGAUGCCAUCCAGCAGGACUACCGUGACUCCAGUCCAGCCAACACCUCUGACCCAGACACUUACUACAAUGCUCUGAUCCAGUCUUCCGGCAAGAUGGUCCUGGUGGACAAACUCUUACCUAAACUGAAGGACAAUGGUCACAGAGUUCUCAUUUUCUCUCAGAUGGUCAAACUUCUUGAUAUCCUUGAAGAUUAUCUCAUAUUUAGGAAGUACCCCUACGAACGAUUAGACGGCCGCAUCCGCGGCAACAUGCGCCAGGCGGCUAUUGACCGCUUCUGCAAGCCCGACUCUGACCGCUUCGUCUUCCUGCUGUGUACCAAGGCCGGUGGUUUGGGCAUCAACCUGACAGCAGCCGACACAGUCAUAAUCUAUGACAGUGACUGGAACCCCCAGAAUGACUUGCAGGCACAGGCGCGCUGCCACCGCAUUGGCCAGUCGAAGAGCGUCAAAAUUUACCGACUGGUGUGCAGGAACACCUAUGAGAGGGAGAUGUUCGACAAGGCGUCGAGGAAGCUGGGCCUGGAUAAAGCAGUGUUACAGUCUAUGAACAGCGAAGGCGGCAAGAAUGGUGCUGCCGGCGGCAACUCUCUGGGACUCUCUAAAGCUGACAUAGAGGAACUCUUAAAGAAAGGUGCGUAUGGUGCAUUGAUGGAUGAGGAUGGUGAUGGUGGGGACUUCUGCGAGGAGGAUAUCAACCAGAUAUUGUCUCGGCGAACGACUGUCAUUCAGCAUGAAAGUGAGAAGGGUUCCUCCUUCUCCAAAGCUUCUUUCUCUGCCUCCAACAACCGUUCAGAUAUUGAGAUUGAUGACCCUGACUUCUGGAAGAAGUGGGCCAAGCGAGCGGAAAUUGACACAGAAGUGGGAGACAGACUUCGCAAGAAGACGUUGAUCGUUGAAGAGCCGAGGAGGAGAUCUCAGAUCCGCAGGUACGGCCACGAUGAGUCUGUCUUGGACUGCAGUGACCUGGAGUCCUCGGCCAGUGACUCUGGCCAAGAGAGGGAUUUAGAGCCGGAAAUGGUCAUAGAAGCGAAUAGUAGAUCUCGGGGCCGGGGUCGAGGCCGGGGCCGCAACAGAGGACGAGGAGGUAGAGGUGCACGUAACACGAGGGCGUCCCGCUGGGUAGUAGAGGAGGAGCAACUGGACCCGGAUGUCGUCAGGUAUGGCCAGUGGCUACGCUCAGAAUGCUUCAAAGUGGAGAAGGGCUUGUUGAUCUAUGGCUGGGGACGAUGGAAGGAGAUCCUUGCCCACGGUGACUUCCGUCCAGCCUGGAAAGAAGUGGAUGUCCAGGAUUGUGCUCGCAUGAUCCUUCUCUUCUGCAUUCGCUAUUACCGUGGUGAUGACAAAAUUAAGGGCUUCAUAUUCGAUCUCAUUUCUCCCACGUCGGACGGCAAGACUCGCAUCCACCACAACCACAUCGGCCUCUCCGCUCCAGUGCCACGAGGCAGGAAGGGCAAGAAGAAGAUAAGAGAAGCCAAGCUGGUCGCUUCUCACAUGGAAGGUGCAGACUGGGCUAAGGAGGAGAAGUAUGACACAGAGGUUUACCUAGAUCAGGGAUACUCGCGACACCUGACACGACACUCCAACAAGGUCCUCCUCAGAGUACGUCUUCUCUUCUACAUCAAGCAGGAGAUCAUUGGUGAUCAUUAUCUGCAGAUUGACGAAGGCUGCAAAGCAUCGGACCUGAACAUCAAUCCACCAACGACAGAGUUACCGCCCAAGCCCUGGUGGGACCUGGGCGACCGUUCCUUGCUGGUGGGCGUUUACAAGCAUGGCUACGAGCGCUACAAUGUCAUGAGGAACGACCCAGCACUCUGCUUCCUGAGCCGCUGUGGACCCCCUGACAAGGCCGCACUUAUGGCCGAGAUGAACACAACCAUUAAUGAAGAUGACAUGGACAAAGAAGAUAAGGAAGAUGAGAAAGAUGAUGAGGAUUCUAACCCGACGCCGCUGCCGUCUAGCCCGGCCGUCUCCACCUCCACCUCCAAGUCUGAUGACGACAAGUUCGACGAGAAGGAAGACAAGGCAAUGUCGGACAAGAAGUUGGUCCACUUCCCAUCCACGUCCGACAUUAACGGUCGACUCAGACGACUGGUGACAUCUUACCAGCGCAACAACAGGAAGAAUGACUUGCGUCACGACGCCAAAGUUAGGGUGAGUAGCAUGUGCCUACGGCAGUGGGCCUACGGGCAGACUCACUUCACUAGGUUUGUAAGACAAGGUGAGGAUCUUACAGUUUCCCAAGGUGGUAGAGGGGGAGGCUUGCCGGAUAUAAUAAUCCGAGAACGAGAGUUACGCAAGACAGACUACAACCAGCGGCGGUGGUCCAACCGUGAGCAAGCCGAGUUCUACCGCACCAUCUCUACCUUUGGUGUAGAGUAUAUUAGGAAGGAGAAGAGAUACGACUGGUCAAAGUUCCGUACGUUGUCACGGCUGGAGAAGAAAUACGACGAGACCUUGACGGAAUAUUUCCGAGCGUUCAUGGCCAUGUGUAAGAGACAGUGUGGCAUCCGUCUCUCUGAAGAAGAGAACGACAAGAUGGUAGAGAUCGGGGUUGACAGGUUGCCGGAGGAGCGUGCCCGUCGUGUCCUGGAGCGCGUUGACCUCCUCAACCGUCUCCGCAACGACAUCAUACCUAACACCAACCUGAAGAGUGCUCUGGACCUGAGCCUGCCUUCCAAGGACAUGCCUGAUUGGUGGAUACCUGGCAAACACGACCACGACUUGUUGAAGGGUGUUGGCAGACAUGGUCUGGGCCGCACUGAUUACUAUAUCCUUUAUGACCCGGAUCUCAACUUCCGUGAGAUCAUCCGCCGCCACACCGCUGGUGAGCCGCUCAUCACCGAGGAGGAGAAACUGGCGCUAAAGAAGAAAUACUAUGAAAAGGAUAAGGAAGAGGAGAAAGUGGAAGAAGUAAUAGAAGAAAAGGUCAAAGAAAAGGUAAAAGAAGAAAAGGUAGAAGAGAAAGAGAGUAAAGAGGAGGAGAAGGCAGAAGAGGAAGAAGUGGAUGGGGUGACGGAAGAAGAAGUGGAGUCUGAAGAGUGUCUUGCCAUCAUUCCAGAUGAAGAGAAGAAAGCAGAAGAGAAGAUGGAAACAGAAGAAGAGGCACAGAAGAACAAAGAAGAGGAAGAAAGUAAAAUAGAACAACAUAAAGAACCCAAACUAGAAGAGGAAGAAAAGAUAAAAGAGGAGGGUGGUAUCAAGAUAGAUGAAGAUGAAGAAGAGGGAAGAGCAAAGAUGGAACAAGAGGAGGAGGGAAGAGUGAAGGUAGAACAAGAGGAGGAGGGAAGAGUGAAAAUAGAACAAGAAGAAGAAGGAAGAGCAAAGACAGAACAAGAAGAGGAAGGAAGAGUGAAGAUAGAAGAAGAAGAAGAGGGAAGAGUGAAGAUAAAGGAAGAGGAAGGAGGCAAGAUAAAAGAGGAGGAGGUGAAGAUAGGCGAGGGCUACAGCAUCGAGGACUACCUGGACACACUUGACCUGGUCAACGAUGAUGUAAAGGACGAUGUUCAAGAAGAGAUGAAGAUUGAAGAUGAGAUGCACGGAAAGGCUAGUGAAGGAAGUGAACAAGUGAAUAAUGAUGGAAACCCAGAGGAAGAAGAGGAAGAUAAUGGGGGAGACAUGGAGGAUGAAGAGGAUGAGGAAGAGGAUGAAGAAGAGGAAGAUGACGAAGAUGAAAAGGAGAAUAUUGAGGAGAAAGAGGAAGUGGGUGAAGAGAAACACAUUAAACAGGAGGUGAAAGAAGAAAGUAAAGAGAUGGAAGUUGAUGAUAAAGAAGCAGUUGAAGCACAAGUUGAUAAAGAUGACACCAGUAAAGAUGAUAAAUGUGAAGGGCAAGACAGCAGUAAAGAUGCCAAAGAUAAUAAAGAAAAUACAUGGAUAAAGAAGUGCAAAGAGGAAGUAAAAGAUGAGAGUAAAGAAAUUAAGGAAGAGAAUAAGAGUAAGAAGAAGAUUGAUGGAGUAGGUGAUAAGAAAGAUAAAGGUGGAUCAGCACUUCUUAGUUUACAACAGAUGGAUGAAGCCAUGGCUAAAUGCGGUACAAGUCUGACCUACGACACUCUGGUCUCCAAUGAACCCACCGUGGCCCAGCUGCUGGCACAGUCGGCUGCUAAUCCCAUCAAGUGGCCCAAGGAUCGGAUGCUGCAGACCAGGAUCGAACAUCUGAUGUAUGCAGUGGAACACAAGAAGUGGCCAGUUGGCAUCGACUUCCAGAGUAGUGAACACGAGAGUAAGAGUUGCCUGCCCCAGAGCACCAGCAGUGCUUCCUCUCAUACCUCAAACUCUUCCGACACCUUAGACUCUGAGCGCAGAAAACGGCGCCAGAUUGAAGCGGCAGAGGUGGAGAGGCAGCGCUUACAGGCCUUGUUGCACCCUAAUCUUCAGCACACACUAGGGUUAAAUAAGAGUUCUUCCAGUGCUGCCGCUACUGCCGCUGCUCUGGGUCUCCCGGCAACCUUCACCAGUGCCAGUCUCCGAGCACUCAUGGAACAGACGGACGACAGGAGUAAGAAGGCCCAACAGCAGCUGGCAGCGGAUUCGCAUGCAUUGCGGCAGCUGCAGGCCUUGCAGGGAACACUAGACUUAACUAUCAAACCUGUCAACCCCAGUCACAAUGCCAUGGAUAUGGCUGCUAGUCUCUUGUCUCGACGAGGUCCGGGUCGACCCCGGCUGGACGACCCCAUGCGACCGCUGGAGAAAAGACGUCUCAGUGAAUCCCCCUUAGACUCCAGAACUCAGGAAAAGAAACGCAGAAAACUCGACGAGAUAGUUUUAGGGCUGACGUCUAAGGGUAAGAGUCCGGAGAACUCUUCUCAUAAGGACACUAGUCCUCUUUCUCUUCUUCGAGGAUCAUCUGUAACCUUAUUAACCUCUCGUGACAAAAGUCAGGUGACUAACACCUUGACCACUCCAAAACUGUCGUCUAGUAUUAGUAUUACACCAACGGUAUCUAAGAGGCCCGUCGACACGCGAGUGGAAGACAGCGGUGGAACUUCCAUAAAGAUGAGCAACUCGGGUGAGAGAGAAGCCAAGCCAGGAUUAGUGAAGCAAUCUGACCUGCCCCCAGGUGUGACGCUACCACCGGGAAUAGAGCUCUACCGCCCAACUGAUGCUAAGGUGGAUAAGUGGCUGGAGCAACACCAGGGACUCCUGGCAGACUCGUCCAGAUCAUCCAAGGAAGUAAAGAGGCGCAAGAUUGACUUCACUGCCAUGGACUGGAGUCAGUUUUCUGGUGACGAACACAUCAGUGUCGUCAACACUUCCACUGGCCAGAGGAUGAGUGGUCAGGAAGCUCCCAAGUUGAAGUACCUAGCGCAGUGGUUAAUGGAACACCCUAACUAUGAUGUGGAUCCUCAGUGGGCAGACGUUGUGAAGGAGCGCGCUACUGCCUCAGGGUUCCUCGCUGACCUUAAGAAACUCGCCAGUGCCGAAAAGAAGCACAGUUCCAGUCGCACCUCUCUCCUUUCCUCGGUGUCUAACUAUCUGCAGGGCAGCACGUCCUCUGGCAGCAGCAGCACUACAUCGCCGCAGUCCUUGAUCUCCGGCUCCAACACCACCACCACUACAUCUACCUCGGCUGCUGCAGGAAGUGCUUGUGCCUACCCUCUCUCAUACCAUUCCUCAAAAAGUUUACCAUUUGAUGCCAAAAGCUUUCUUCAGGGGCUGGACCCUAAAAACUCUCUCAACACUGCCGCUUUUGCUGGAUUGGAUCCGAAACUCUUGGGAUUCGAUCCUAAACUGCUAGGAAGCCUCGAUCCAAAAGCUCUUGGUCUAGACCCUAAGCUGCUGCCUCCACUAGACUCUAAGUUACUAGCAGCUAUGGGUCUAGAUCUUAAACUUUUGGGAUUGGACACCAAGCAUCACGAGGCCGCCAAACACCAUGAAAAAGAGACCAAACCCUCGUCGUCUCGAAGCUCAGACUCAAAAUCCUCUUUACUUAAUAUUGAUCCAAAGUUAUUAGGCUUUGAUCCCAAGUUGUUAGGCUUAGAUCAGAAAACUCUAGCGUCCCUUGAUCCAAAAUUACUUGCAAGUCUAAGUGGAUUAGAUGCUAAGGCAAUGGCAGGUCUGGAUACUAAGGUGCUCUCAGGACUUGAUUCAAAACUAUUGGCCAGCCUUGAUGCAAAAACUCUAGCCGGACUAGAUUCUAAAUCCAUAGGAGGUAUAGAUUCAAAAUUGUUAGCUGGCAUCGAUCCUAAAUUGUUAGCUGGCCUUGAUCCUAAGCUUUUAGGUGGGCUUGACCUUAAAUCACUAGGAGGGUUAGAUGCAAAGUUAUUAUCCAGCUUAGACACCAAGUUGUUAGGAGGAUUGGAUCCUAAGUUACUAGGUGCUAUAGACCCUAAACUGUUAGGUGGAUUAGAUCCCAAAUUGUUAGGUUUAGAUCCCAAGUUAUUAGGCGGAAUUGAUCCAAAGCUGUUAACGGGAUUGGACCCGAAAUUGUUAGCAGGGUUGGAUCCCAAGAUGAUGUGUCUGGAUCCCAAGAUGCUUGGUUUGGAUCCCAAAAUGUUUGGCGGUAUUGAUCCCAAACUGUUGGCGAGCUUGGAUCCGAAGCUCCUAGGAGGAUUGGAUCCCAAGGCUCUUGGUGGUCUGGACUCUAAGUUGUUGGCCAGUAUGGGUUUGGAUCCUAGCAUGAUGAUGAUGGCUGGCUUUGGUGGCUUGCCAGGUAUGGCUGGACUAGCGAUGGCAAAUCCUCUGUUGGGUGGCUUGGCUGGGUAUGGGUUACCUGGCUUGGCAAACCUCAGUGACUUCCCUUCCACUUCCAAGAGCAAGGAUCAUAGAAAUGCAGCCGCCACUUCGGCAGCUAAUUUGUCGUUCCCGGGGAUGUUUGGCGGCGCCAGCACUGCCGGGCUGAUGUACCCACCUUUAGGACUGGGUGGUUUAGGUUCCUUCCAGUUACCCUCCAUGUCGUCGGCUGUAUCAAGUGCCAUCCUUAACGGCCUUCCUGCUAGCAUAAUGUCCAUGGCUGGCACCUCGCGGCAUGUCAACCAAGCGGCAACCACCACCAUCAGCAGUGGCAGCAGCAAGUGGAAACAAGAUCAACGAAGAUCUCGGGAGUUCAGGGAAGACAGUCGUAGCAGGAUGGAGAGAUUGGAUCCCUCGGAGGAUAUUGAGCGAGGACUGAGCGUACGCAAGGAAAAGUUAAAGGAACAGUCUGGACUCUCAAAGGAAGAGCGGUAUCUGUUAAAACAAAUGAAAGCAGAGCGGUUAGCCCGGGAGAUAGAAGCUCGGGGAAGUCAUGACCCGUAUGCCGCUCACUUAGAUUUGUCGUUACAUUGGAACCAAGAGAGUCAUCACAGUGAGAGGACACAAGAUGCCCCAGAGAACUUGAGUCGUGAGUCUGAACCUGCCAAAAAUGUACAAGGAGCGGACGCUCAAAAUUUGAGCACACGGGAAGUUGAAAAUGGUGAAAAUAGUAACACGAACUCUGACGUGGAGGAGGAGGAGGAGGAGGAGGAGAAGUCUUAGUGCAGUGGUCUUGUCUGGGAUAACUAUAUUUAUAACUUAAAACAACCGUGAAAGUAUCAUUCGUAUACUUUUAGUAUAUGUAAAACUCAAGACUAUAUUUUAGUUGAAAGGAAUGAGUGAGAUUGCAUGUAUGCAGUGUAUAGGAGAAGUAUGAAUGUCACGUACUACAAGUCCCUGAACCGUCUACCCAUGCUACCCACUCUUCAUAUAUCCCACACAUGAAAUAUUCACUUUGACAUUAACUGUGAUACUGACCUCAUUAUUUAUUCCAUAUUUUGUGCGAAAAUAUUAUAUCAGCUGUCUGACGGGAACACACUUACCAUGUACUCUUUAAAGAAGUGUAAAAGUGUAUUAUCUCUUAAGUGUAUGCCAGAUGACACAAGCUAUGUUUUUGCUAAUAUAAAAACUUAUUGCCUGGAAUUGUGAAAUGCAAGAGUUGGUUAUAUAUAGGAGGCCUUCCAGUUAUAUCCAGGAGGCCCUCCAGUUAUAUCCAGGAGGCCUUCCAGUUAUAUCCAGGAGGCCCUCCAGUUAUAUCCAGGAGACCCUCCAGUUAUAUCCAGGAGGCCCUCCAGUUAUAUCCAGGAGGCCCUCCAGUUAUAUCCAGGAGGCCUUCCAGUUAUAUCCAGGAGGCAUUCCAGUUAUAUCCAGGAGGCAUUCCAGUUAUAUCCUGGAGGCCUUCCAGUUAUAUCUAGGAGGCCCUCCAGUUAUAUCUAGGAGGCCCUCCAGUUAUAUCUAGGAGGCCUUCCAGUUAUAUCUAGGAGGCCUUCCAAUUAUAUCUAGGAGGCCCUCCAGUUAUAUCUAGGAGGCCCCCAGUUAUAUCUAGGAGACCCCCAGUUAUAUCUAGGAGGCCCCUAGUUAUAUCCAGGAGGCCCUCCAGUUAUAUCCAGGAGGCCCUCAAGUUACAAGAAGCACUUGCAAGCUGAUCAUUUAAUAAGCAGUAAGUGUGUGAGGUGACAAGUUGCUGUGCCAACACUUGUAGUCAUUCCUUGUACUCUUGUUGUCUAUGCAAACAACUUGUUUGUAAGUUGUAACACUAGGAAUGUUGUUUGUAAGUUGAAACAUCAGGAAUAUUAGUUGGAAAACUAAGAAUGUUGUUUGUAAGUUGAAACAUCAGGAAUAUUAGUUGGAAAACUAAGAAUGUUGCUUGUUUGUAAGUUGAAACAUAACUUGGAAGACUAAGAAUAUCACUUGUUUGUAAGUUAAAACAUAAUGGCACUAGUUUGUAACUUGGGGACUGACCCCCCCCUACUCCUUCCUGUAUACCUCUGGAUGCGAGUGUUUCCUCGGUGGUGUGAGGCUGCCGCCGCCGUUGUGGUGGUCUGUGUAUCUGGUGAGGCUUGUGUAACCAUCCUAGAACUGCUUUCUAUUGUAUUCUUACAAGUUGACACAUACACACAUUGAACCUCUCAAAAGUGCUUUAGCAGUCAAGUACAAGAGUGUGGAGAUCUUAACUUUUUUACUUACAAAAAAGUGUGAGAUCUUUAACUGGAAUCCCAUGUCUGUGUAUAUAUUAUUAUUAAGAUGAAAUAUAAGUAUAAGAAAAGUUUUGUAAAAGUUCAUUGUAAACUAAAGUUCACUAAUAUUAAAGGGAACUUGGUGA